ACCCGCGUCCCUGGAGCAACAAGAUGGCGUCCAAAGGGAGAAGACGAGGAGUUCUGUCUUCCACCCCGCUAGAAGUUCUCUUCUUCCUCAACGGCUGGUACUGCGCCUCUUACUUUCUCAUUGAAGCGCUGAUAUUUAUAUAUAAAGGUUUGAUUUUGCCCUACCCCACCUCCAAUCUUGUACUGGAGGUGGUGAUGCUUAUUCUUUAUCUUGGCAUUGAGGUCACACGCCUGUAUCUUGGAUGUCGUGGUAACCAGUGUGAGCGAAAACUCCCCCUAGUGGUCAGUGUUGGUCUAACCAUUCCCACUGGUUUGCUUGCAUUGUAUUUCCUAUUCCUUCAAACAUAUGCUUUGAGGCUGGAGACCGUUCUGAGCUGUAUCCUGCUGUUCUUCUAUGGCUUAGAGGCAAUUCUGAGCUGUGCUGCGCUCAUCACAUUCUGCAGAGAACCGAGUUACUGAGUGUCCGGUCGCCCCCGUUCCAGGAUGACUCCUCUGGAUUCCUGAAUGUCCCAUCUCUUGUUUGCUGUGCAAAUCACAGGAGCCUCGAGCUUCUAUCCAGGCUGCAGUAAAGUGACCCGUCACUGCUGGUAGAGACUUGGUAGCGGCACUGAAUAGCAGUCUCGGUUCAUGUGUAUGGGGGGGAGGGGGGGGGGUUGUG